AUGGAAUUGCCAGCUCUUGCCGGUACGAUCUUUGCCGUCGUCGUCGUCGGCUGCUACCUGCUCGAGUCGUUCGUCUUCCUCUCCAAGGACCCGCGGGAACCUGAGUACUCCCGGCCCCGAGUACCGCUCAUCGGUCACAUCCUCGGUCUCAAUAAGUACGGCGCCGGAAAGUACUUUACAAAGAUCGCAGCUCAAAUCAAGGGCAGGAUCUUCGCGGCGCCCAUUUUCAACUUCAAGUUCUAUGUCAUUUCGGACCGCAAGUUCAUUGCAUCUAUCCAGCGCAAUGCCAAGACCAUCUCCUUCGUGCCCUUUGCGGUCAAGGCCUCACAAAGCCUCAGCGGCAUCUCCGAGAAGUCGGCGAAGCUGCAGGAUCACCUCGAGGGCGGGCCCGAGGCCAAGGAGUUCGACAGAGUCCAACGCGCGACAUUGGCCGCCGGCUCCGAUCUUGACGAGCUGAGCCACGUUGCGACACAAGUAAAACUUGACAUGAUUGAAAAGCUUUUGGUUGACGCUUCAAAGUCAUCUGACUCCGCCACUCGGAUCGACCUGUUCGCGUGGGUCAAGCAUGCUGUCACAUUGUCAUCGACGGAGGGCAUGUUUGGGCCCCUGAACCCUUACAAGAAUCCUGACCAUGAGGCCGACUUUUGGACGUUUUCUGAAAAAGCUCACGUGCUCCUUGGUGGUGGCUUCAUUGCUAACCUUCUCGCCAAGGACGCCGUGCAGGCUCGCGACCGCAACAGCCAAAGGUACGAGGAAUACGUCAAUCUCGGAGGCCUCGAAAACGCCUCGGGUCUGAUCAAGGGCCGCUCACGCGUCAUGGCUGAGAACGGCGUAUCACAACGCGACAUCGCUCGCAGCAACGUCGGCUUCGAUAUCGCGAUGCUCGCCAAUUACGUCCCCACGUCCUGGUGGGCCAUCUUCGAGGUAUUUUCUCGCCCGUGGCUCGUCGAAGAGAUUCGGAAAGAAGUUAGCAAGGCCGUAAAGAAGCAUGAAGACGGCAAUUUUACCUUGAACUUGUCCAUUCUCAAGUCCUCGUCGCCAUUGCUCCUGUCGUCGAUCCAGGAGGCGCAACGUCUGCACAUGAUCCACGCGCACAUCCGCGAGGUUCUUCAUGACACGAUCAUCACGGUGGACGAUAUUCCUCAACUUUUCAAAAAGGGCAACUAUGUCCAGCUCAACGGCAUUCCCAUCCUCCGUAGUGAAGAGACUUGGGGCGCCGACGCCACAUCCUUCGAUGCGUACCGCUUCAUCAAGAUGAAGAGAAAGGCCGAUGUACCUGGUGUGGCGACGCCAGGCGACCUACCACCUCACUCGUUUCCCGUCUGGGGCGUUGCGCCACACAUCUGUCCUGCGCGGUGGUUCGCAACGGGCGGGGCGAUGGCGCUCAUCGCGUUGAUGGCGUUGAAGCUGGACAUGGAGGUCGAACCGGGGUUCAAGGGCGAGGGUCCCGCAGGAAGAGAGUGGAGGAUGCCCAAGGUCGCGGGCGUUUUUGCUGCACUGCAGUCUCCCGGUGAACCGAUUCCGGUUGUGGUGCGGCCGAGGAAGGAAUUUGAGGGCAAAUGUAAUAUCGAAACAGGAACGUCUGGAACCAGACUGCAGCUGUCGGUGGGUUGA